AUGUUCAAGCCUGUGCCAAAGGACGCCGUUGCCAUCGAAUCCCACACGAGGAACUACCUCUUCUUCGUCGAUGAGAGCCGCUACAUCAAGUACUACGAGGGACCGGAGGGCGGCGAAGAAGGUCCUGACAGCCAGUACUCCUUGAAGUCGCUCAAAUACAAGACCAAGACUAUUCGCGUCAGCGCCCAGGUGUCCCAGAUCGCCGCUGUGGGCUAUAUGGCUGGCAACAAGCACGAGGCGAGCAUAAUAAUGAUCCGCCUGUACUUUGCCCAAGACGAGGAUGAGGGCGUCCAACUGAAGGAGCUGUGUAUCACCGAUGGCAAAUUCGCUGAUGCGCAGGAAGGCGCCUUGAACAAACGCCAGGGUGUGGCUCAGGCUCUUGCUCCGGGAAGCUCCAUCUCCGCAGUCAACAUUCUGAGCUCUUCCUUGCUCAAGGUCUUCGUUACCCUGAAGGCCGAUACUGAGAAGCUUUAUGUCUGGUACUUCCCUGUCACCGAGGGUAAAGUUGGAAGCUGGCAGCACGCAGAGAUUGAACUUUCUUAG